AUGGGGAGCAUCUACAAAGAAUAUUUCAACACGAAAAAAAUUUUGGAGCACUACAACUACACGAAGGAAAGCUCGGAGAGCUCCUCCACCACCUCCCGUUGGGUCGUCUCCAUCCUCAUCGUCGUUUUGUGCUGCUUCAUCGUCUUGGAGAACCUUUUGGUCCUUAUUUCCGUUUGUCACAAUAAGAAAUUUCAUUCCGCCAUGUAUAUUUUUAUCGGCAAUUUGGCUUUUUCCGAUCUUUUAGCCGGCUUGGCUUUCAUGGUCAAUAUUUUACUUUCCGGAGAUAUCACUUUCCGCUUGACGCCCGUCCAAUGGUUCGUCCGCGAAGGGACGGCUUUCGCCACUUUGGCCGCUUCCGUCUUCAGCUUGUUGGCCAUCGCCAUCGAACGCCACGUCGCCAUCACCAAAGUGAAGGUCUACAGCAGCGACAAAAAUUGCCGGAUGGUUUUACUCAUCGGAGCUUGUUGGGUCAUCGCCGCCGCUAUCGGGAGCCUCCCCAUCAUGGGUUGGAAUUGCAUCAGCGACCUUCGGGAUUGUUCCACCGUCCUCCCCCUUUAUUCCAAACGUUACGUCCUCUUCGUCAUCACCAUCUUCACCCUCAUCCUCCUCGCCAUCGUCGGUCUCUACACCCGCAUCUACUGCAUCGUCCGCUCCAGCCACGCCGACAUCGCCACCGCCCAAACCUUGGCUUUGCUCAAGACCGUCACCAUCGUCUUGGGAGCCUUCAUCGUCUGUUGGUUGCCCGCCUUCAUCAUCCUCUUGAUGGAUGCUUCUUGCCCGGUGAGGGCUUGUCGGAUCCUUUACAAAGCCAAUUAUUUUUUCGCUUUCGCCACGUUCAACUCGGCCGCCAACCCCAUCAUCUACACGUUGCGGAGCAAAGACAUGCGCCGGGAAUUCCUCCGCCUUUUGUGCUGCUGCUGUGUUGUUUGUGGCGGAGGAACCGCCGCACGUCGGGAUCGCGACCCGGGGCUUUGCGGGAUCCCCCUCCGUACUUCCAGUUCUUUGGACCGUUGCACCCCGAAAUAUGAAUUCCCCACGUCCCCCAUCACCCGCGAGUGCACCACCUCCGUUUAG